GACACUUAUCCUUUUGUGUUACUUGGAUUCCUUCCAUACUCUUUUCCACACACUGGGUCUCUCUUUCUCCAUUCUUUAUUUUGGUGUCUCUCCUUCUCUCUCUCUCUCUCUCUCUGUCUCUCUCUCUCCUGCAGAAAAUAGAAAGGAGCGUCUUUCUGCAUAGUUUGAUGGAAAUGAAGGAGAAUUCAGUUAAGGAACCAAUUUGGGAACCUGUUGAACCUGUAGCUCCAACAACCAGGACCAAAACCAAGUCCGUGGAAUUUGAAGAACUCUCCUUGGACAAGCCAAUUUUUGAAGCUUCCCCAUUCGUCGUCAUUAGCCGAGCUCUAUCUGUUAUAUCUGCGUUCAUCGCUGUGCUCUUUUCGCUUCUUGUAUUCGCAGCUUGUUUCCCCAAAAUUUGUCUAGAUGCCGCUAACAUAUGGCUAAGGAAAACCACAGAGAAAUUAAACGCCAAGGGUAAGGAAAGAGAGAGCCACGUGAAUCGUGGCGAAACCAAAAAUUUUCUGGAAGCUAGUUUCAGUGGGAAAGAUAAAGAGACAAGGAACACAGAAACCAAUAACCCUAACCGACAUGGCAACUACAAAGAGAAUCGAAGAUUGUAUGCUUCCGUCAUUACUGGCAGCCAAACUGCCAAUUCUGUUGACCAUGGCUAUGCAAUUGAUAACUGCUUUAACAACUAUGGCGAAGGGGAGCAAGAUUACAGCUAUUGUGAGGUUAACUGUUCUACAAGUAGAGAUUCCUAUAACAACCAUGCAUCGGGCCUACAAGCUCUCAGCGGUGCAAACAUUUGGACUUCUAAAAGUGAAGAUGCCUUUAACAACAUGAGCAUAUACUCACAAACUUACAGGGGUGCAAAAAUUGGCAAUUCUGAGGACCGCAAAGCAAUUCGUCGUGUCUACAACAAUGGAAAGAACGGAGUCCAAAACUACGAUGGUUAUACAAAUUUGCUGGGGAAACAUAAUGAAUGAACACCAAAGUCCUUGUUGACAUUCAAGAGAGAGAAAAAGUAUGGAUUUUACAGACAGUUAUCGUUAUCAUGCAAUUUAUUUAUCAUGUAUCUCAAGACUAUGUUUAUUGUUGGUAUGCAUGCAUGGACACCAUAUCGAACUGUUUGAAGUUAA